CUGAAACCACGGGUCUAGAGUUUCCCCUCCGCGUCCAGCAGGGGGCAGUGGAGAGUCUUCAAAGCGCCGCUUUCCGCCUCAGACUCGGACAGACGAAGAAGAACGACCAGCUGAUAGACCCGGAUACCCGACAGAACCGCGCCGAACUCCACGGUGACCAUGAGCGUCUGUCAGGAGUGGCAGAUCUUCAUCCCUGAGGACGCGGCGGUGCAGACCAUCCCAGUGCGGAGUUUACCCCCCUCUGUGCUGAAGAGGAUGGGGCUGCCCCGCCCCGACUGCGACCCCUCCAGGAGAUCCGCAGACUUGGCCACCGUCACGUGGAUCUGCCCGGCGUUCGUCAGCAAAAAAGGCCGGAAUUUGGCUCCGCCCACAGGGAGGGGGCAGACAGAAGGAGUGCGCACGUUGAUGCGGUGUGGAACCAGGUCGACUCCCCUGAAGAUGUCCUUCGUGUCCUCCAACCGGGUCGCUCUGGAGGUGCUGAAGGACAUCACACAAAGACCCCACAGCCGCCAACUCCCUCAGGGCUCCGCCCCCUCCACCAACCAGACCGCCCUGGUCAUCUACCGGGGGCGGAUCUACCUGUGCAUCAGAAAGACUGGGCUGAGCCAGAAGCAGCAGAAGAGGAGCUCCACCCCUCCAUCGUUAUCAGCUGACAGCCGAGUGACGGACAAGGUGACUGAGAGGGCCUCCCUGGGGGGGGUCCGGCCCCCCCUGAGGAAGAGCGGCGCCGCUCCCAGGAGGGAGGCUGCUUCCCCUGACAGCUGCAUUGUGAAGCGGGUCAGGAUGGAGCGGGCCGGGCUGGAGGGUGGUGCUGUUCAGGAAACUCAGGGAGGGGGCGGGGCCAGCUCCUCGCCAGCGUAUGAGAAGCAGAAGGACUCGGAGGCCGCCGCCUCCGGCGAGCAGACUGACCAUGGCGGUGAGCAGAUCCGCUGCUGGAAGGAGGCCGCUGGCACUCCGCCUGGUGCUCCGGUCGGCGCUCCGGCUGGCGCUCCGGCUGGCGCUCCGGCCGGCGCUCCGGUCGGCGCUCCAGCUGGCGCCGCUGCUCUGCGGCUGCAGUUUGACUUUGGAGAGCUGGAGGAGGAGGAGAGGAUCGCUCAGAUGAGGGCCCGCUACCUGGAGGACGAAGCCGCUCUCAACAACCUGCUGUCUGGACCCUGAGCUCCGACCAGAACCGGCUAGAACUGUAAACAUUCAAAGCAACAACUGAACGUUAAAUAUAAGAAAACCCGUUUGAAGAUGUAAAGGAGAUGUUUGUGGUAACAGUUGAUACACAUCAGACAAACAGAACCUUCAGUUCAAUGACGUUUAAAAGAACUAAUUUUAAAUCACAAACUUCAUAAACACUUCAGUCUCAAAGUUGUUCGAAUGUUCUGGAAAUCAUCCAAAAACGGGCCUUAGAGUUCUGGAGUUGACCCGGUUGACCUCUGCGUCGUCUGAAGCUCCGACGUUGGCCUCCUGGGGGCAGCAGAGAUCCAGUAAGCUGAACUCCAGAGGAAGACUGAAGAUACGAGUUAAAGACUUCAAUCUUGUGAGUUUAAAAUGUGUUUGACUGACGGGCCUUCUGCAUGAGGAGUACCUGACAGUUUUACUGCAUUAGACAUUUGUGUUGAGUGGACCAUGUCUCUGUUGUAACUGGUGCUUCAUGGCAAUAAAUAUCACUUUUGGAAACUCUG